CGAAAACGAACAACAACACGUUCACAUUGUCACACACACCACCACCCGCCACGCAUCAUCAUGGCACCACGGCGAUCGACGAGGCUGAAGAAGGGAGGGGGAGGAGGAGGAGGGGGAGAAAAGCAAGGGCAGCGGUCGCGUGGCGAGGAGAAUGAGGAAGGAAAGAGGUCACGCACACGGCACUCGCACGAAAGCGACAUGAGUUGUGACCAUGAUGAUGGUGAUCACGCGGGUGACUGCAAGCAAGUGCAGACACGAACACGACAAAGCAGAAGAACAACGAGGCGGCAGCAGCAAAACGCGCCAGAACAGCAGCAACAACAAGAACAAGCAGCAGCGACAACAUCCUCCAAAACACGCACAGCGACACGCUCAUCAACACGUCAUGUGACUCAAAACGUCACCGACUCUGAGGACGGGGAUGAGGAGGAACUGGAGCAACCACGGCGGAAGACCCGGUCUAGAACGCGCGCCACCACCACCACAACAACAACAACAACAGCGACAAAGCCAUCGACAACACACACGAAAGCGCAGACCCGCCAACAGCGGCGUCGCAAGGCGAACCGCAGUGAUGAUGACCAACAUGACACGAGUGAGGAAGAGGCACGGCGAAACAUAAGGGCGUCCGCACAACACCGCAGCACUGUGUCAUCGUCGCCGGCAUCUUCAUCUUCCGCCGUGUUUGAAUUUGAUGACGACAGCUCGCAAACUGAGCAGGAUGAUACGCGCCAAUCAUCAGCGGCAACGCUUUCGUCGUCGUCACCACUUGUGGCGCCCAGCAUCCGGCCAGCGUCGCGGCGAAGGCAGCAUCAGCAACGACAACAACAAGAACGCCGGCCGUCGUCAGCACGUGCGGCACAGUUGAGCGGAAAGCCCGCCAAAACGACACCGCGAGGCAGCGGGGCCUUUGAUGCGGUACGCACUCCACGUGUUCACGUCACCAGCACGCCAAGCGCCUCUGGUGUGGCUCCAAGCCACAGCCUCACCUCCAUCCUCAGCUCUUCCCUUCGCAAGUCGGCCUCAAAGUCAAAGCUCAACGUGUCGUGGAGUCCAAACCUGGCAACGCACUCAACACCAUCUGCUCGCCGCUUUUCCCGCCAAGUGCCGAAUGUGUCGUCCCUGCACGCGUCUGCGGUUGGCGCUGCCUCGUUAUCAUCAUCAUCAUCGUCAUUGUCAUCGUCGCGGCCGCCAUCGCGUGACGUCGUCCAGUCCAGCAUCCUGUCGGGCCUCACCCCCGUCAAGCACCCGCACCUCCAUGCCAUCAUCAACAGCACCCAGCACCACACAUCAUCGCCUUUAUCGUCGUCACCCUCGCUCAGCGCCCGUCUCUCAGAUGACGCGUCGUUGGGCGAUUCCUUCGCAGAGGACUUUGAGCAUUCGUUUGACGUCGACCGCACCAGACCCGAUGACAAUGACGACCGUGACGACCGUGACCGUGACGAGCACGUGUACAGUGGCGAUGAGUAUUCGUUUGACGACAGCCAAGCGCCGGCACACGAGCAGCGUCACCAUCAUCGCCGCCAGCAUCGCCAGCAUCGCCGGGGUGCCAAGUCGCGUCGAGUUGCGGCACUGAGGGAGCGGAGCACCAACACGCCGUCGCCGCCAUCAUCAUCGCCAGCAGCGAAGACGCGAGCACAGGCAUCACGCGGUCACGGUCGUCGUGGUGGUCGUCGUGGUCACCACCGUGAUGACGACAGUCAAUCGCUGGGCACGUAUGCGCUCGAGUUGCCGGCCAAGCGUGGAAAGCGGGCGAGCAGGGCACCGCCAUCGCCGUCAACAGCAACAGCAUCGACGGUGCCGGGGAGCAAGACGGGGAAAGGAGGGCGAGGGAAGACGCAGAAGCAGCAGCGCGCUGAGGAGCGAGCGGCGUGGCGACAGCGACGGGAGGAGGAGUUGAGGAAGAAGAGGGAGAUGUUCGCUGCACUCGACGACUUUGAACUCGAGGUCAUGUAGUCGGUUGGUGGUGGUGUUGUUGGGUGUUGGUGUUGUUGCUGGGUGUUGGUGGUGUUGUUGGUGGGUGUUGGUGGUGUUGUUGGUGUUGUUGGUGUUGGUUUGUUUCGUUUCGUGAGGUGGGUAGCAAGUGUUUGUUGUUGGGCGCCGCUGUUGGUUCUGUUUUGUUGGGUUGUGUGUUGGUUGCUUGCUACACCUUUCGCGUUUUAUCACCACCACCAGCACCACCACCACCAGCACUUUUGAUCUCGACUUUUGUUCCUUUCUCUCCGUUGUGGCUUCUCGUCCACACGCACAUCUCCUCCCACACCUCCGCCUUUUUUGAACACACAACAUGUGAGGACCACAUUUUGUUGUUCUGAUUCUGUUACAUUUUGCCCUCCUGUUGUAGAAAGCACAAAUCCCAUGUUCAUCGCACCUGCUUGCCCCCCGCUGCCAUGUGUUUGCCACAGGUGUGUGAAGUGUGUGCCUUCACGCCAACAUGGCACGAAUGCAUGCACGCACAUUCUUACACAUGAAGUUGUAUUACAUUACGUAAGAACGGUUUGUUUACCCUGUUGACAACUCAGCAAAUGAAGCGCCAGCAAGCAGCGAGGCUCAAUCAUACCAUUACAUCAGACAAAACAUAAAACACAGAAUGC